UAUUACCGUUUCCAUAGAAUGAGUUAGGCUCAGAGAGGUUGGUUAAUUUAGCUGAGGUCACACAGCUUAUAACCGGUGGGGUCUCAGGAGGUCAAAUCACUCCCAGCUUGUUUGUGUAUCAGAGUUCAAAUUUGCAGUAACUGGAGCGUUACAGGUCUGCGCUGCUGCUAAACCUAAUCGGAUUCUGGUUGACGAUGGCAGACGAUCACGAGAAAGACUUGCAGAAAUUUCUUAAAAAUGUGGAUGAAAUCACCAGUUUAAUUCAGGAGAUGAAUUCUGAUGACCCGGUUGUACAACAGAGAGCUGUCCUAGAGACAGAAAAGAGACUGCUGUUUACAGAGGAAGUCCAAGAGGAGGAUGGAUGCCGGACCACGCUGAACAAGACCAUGAUCAGUCCUCCACAAGUUUCUCCUGAGAAUACAGAUGAAAUAAACUCAGAAGCCUUCUUGGCAUCCGUGGAGUUGGAUGCAAAGGAACGUGCCAGGAGAAGAAGGGAGAACAAAGUCUUAGCAGAUGCCCUAAAACAGAAGGGGAACGAAGCGUUUGCCAGAGGUGACUAUGAAGCGGCCAUCCUGUGCUACAGUGAGGGUUUGCAGAAGCUGAGGGAUAUGAAGGUGCUGUAUACCAACCGAGCCCAGGCUUAUAUAAAACUCGGGGACUUCCAGAAAGCAGUAGUGGAUUGUGAGUGGGCUCUGAAGUGUGAUGAAAAAUGCACAAAAGCAUAUUUCCAUAUGGGAAAGGCCCAUCUGGCCCUGAAGAACUACAAUGUGUCUAGAGAGUGUUAUCAGAAGAUCUUAGAAAUAAACCCCCAGCUGCAGACCCAAGUGAAAGAAUACCUCAAUCAAGUAAAUCUCCGGGAGAAAGCAGAUCUUCAAGAGAAGGAAGCCCACGAAUUGCUGGAUUCGGGAAAGAACACGGCAGUGACAGUCAAGAAUGUCCUGGAGACUCUCUGCAAGCCUGAUCAGACCCCCUUGUUCUAUGCAGGAGGGAUUGAAAUCCUGACUGAAAUGAUAAAGGAUUGCCCAGAACAGACUUUAUUCAGAACACACAACGGAUUCAGUGUCAUCAGCGAGAAUGAGGUCAUAAGAAGGUGCUUCUCCACGGCAGGGAAAGAUGCAGUGGAAGAGACGGUCUGUGUGUCCGUCCUCAGACUCUGGCAGGCAGUGUGCGCUGGGAAUGAGGAGAACCAGCACCUGCUGCUGCUGCGCCCCGAGAUGGGCGGCCUGCUGCCCUCCCUGCUGACCUCCCGGGUUCUGGGCCUCCGGAAGCAGAGCCUGGCCCUGCUGCUGCAGCUCGCCAGGACGGACCACGGACGGAGCCUUGUCGUCGGCCACCUUGACCUGACCCGAUUGUUGGAAGCCCUGGUGUCCUUUCUUGAUUUCUCAGAUAAGAAGGCCAACUCUGCUAUGGGACUGCUCACAGACUUGGCUCUGGAAGAAAGAUUCCAAGUCUGGUUCCAGGCCAACCUUCCAGGUGUGCUCCCGGCACUCACAGGUGUUCUGAGGAGAGAACCUACAAUAACCAACACGUCAGCUCUUUGCCAGUGUAUUGCCCUCGUGGGAAACCUUAGUGCUGAGGCUGCCGUCCGAAGACAGAUGUGUGCCUCUGAAGAGUUCGGGGAUGCCUGUCUGGGCCUCAUGGCCAGGUGUGAAGAGGCUGUGGACCUGUUCAGAGAUGUCCUGUACACGCUCCUGGGACUUGUGAUGAACUUGUGUCUUCAGUCCCCCUUCAUCUGUGAGGUUUGGGCUGUGGAGGUGAGCAGAAGGUGCAUGUUUCUACUCAACAGCCAGGAUGGAGGGAUCCUGACAAGAGCCGCUGGCGUCCUCAGCCGCACCCUGUCUUCCUCUCGGAAGAUUAUUGAGGAGGCCCUCAGAGCAGGAGUGGUGAAGAAGAUGAUUAAGUUCCUAAAGACGGGAGGCCAGACCGCAUCACGAUAUGCCGUGAAGAUACUAGCUAUCUGCACUAAUAGCCAACACGAAGCACGAGAAGAAGUGAUAAGACUGGAUCAAAAGUUUGGCAUUCUGCUGAGGCUGCUCAGCUCAGAGGAUGAGAUUGUGGUGGCCAACGCUGCCCUCUGCCUGGGGAACUGCAUGGAGGUGCCCCGUGCCGCGUCUUCCCUGCUGAAGACGGACAUUGUGCAGGUGCUGCUAAGGCACGCAGGUGGCGACGCCCAGAAGACAGCCGUGCAGCUGAACUCAGGGAUCGCCCUGGGGAAGCUGUGCACGGCCGAGCCCAGAUUUGUCGCUCAGCUGAGAGAGCUGCACGGGAUAGAGAUUCUCAACUCCACCAUGAAGUACGUGGCUGAUUCUUAAGAUACAUGGCAUCUGUGCACAUUUUCAGCAUCACGGGACUGUGUGCUAGGGGUGGUUCCUGUGCUAAUAAAGACUGUCUGAAUGGCCA